GCCAAUGCCCACCCUCAAUACAACUCGAGUUCGUUGGUCGUCGUGGUCAUGAUGUGGUCGUGCCCCUCGAUUUUCGUUAAAUUUCCAAGGACAAAUACCUGGUUAUCGAGAAAAUCCAUUCGGGUUUAUUUAUUAUUUUAUCUUUUAUUUGAAUAAACUUCGUUGAGUAUUUUUUUUUCUACAAACAAACAUUUCUGAAGGACGACCGUAUUGAUAAAUUUUCAGUGUAUUUUUCCAAUGGUAAAUUUUCGCAAUGAAGAAAAAUCCAAAAUCCACGAGUAAGGCUCCAGUAGAGCCAAAAGUCACCUCAGUAUUCGGGCCAUUAAUUUUGGGUAAAUCUUUAUUCUACAAUGAUGUCUGUCAGCAGCUGUAUUUCGUCGAUACGCAUUCGUACGACAUACACAGAUUUGAUCCUAAGACAAACGAGCACAUAAUUGCGAAGCUAGGUGAAUUGCCCUUAGCGUUCGUAAUCCCCGUAGCGACGAUUGUAAAUCAUUUUAUAGUCGGGGCAGGACCGCAGAUAAUAGAAAUAACGUGGGAUGGUAAGAGCGAAAAUAUAGAACAGCAGAAAGUACUCCAAACUGUCGACAAGUCUUACGGAUGUGGUAUCAAUAACGCAAUCGUUACCCCUCGCGGAUCGCUGUUUAUCAGCACGUUCAGCGAAACAGAAUCGGGUGAAACCCAAUUUGGUAAAUCUGCCAUACUCAAGUAUAAAAAUAACCAGCUUACGCCCGUCCUCACCAAAUUAUCCAUACCGAAUGGCAUGACUUUUAGCCUUUGCGGGAAGACGUUUUAUUUAGCCGAUUCUCAUACGACGUCGGUUGAUUCAUUUUGCUAUAAUGUCGAAACGGAAGAAAUAUCGAAACGAGAAGUAUUUUUUGAUUUUGUCCAACAUCAAAUUGAGGGAAACCCAUAUAACGUAAUGACUGAUGGUGAUGGACGAAUAUGGGUCUCUGCUUGCGGAGGAAAUUUGAUGAUUCGAGUCUGUCAACACGAGAAAAAAGAAAUACUACGAGUGAAAUUCGAAGCAAGCGUAAUCACAUCGUCAUGUUUCGCCACAUCAUUUCUACGUGAAAUGUACGUAACCACAGGACGAUACAGAUUAACCGAAGAAGAACUAGAACGGUACCCAAAAUCGGGUUAUUUCUUCCGUCUUACGAAUCUAGGUUCCAUUAAAGGUCUACGCUGCCGAGCAUUCUGUCCAGACAAUAAAUAGCUGUAAAUUUUCUAACCCCAUUUACCUACAUCUCGCAAGUUUUCAAAUCCAAAUUCCAUUUCGUUACCAAAAUUUCUGUGAUACCAAAAUCGUCAAAAUCGAAGUACACCUAUAUACGAGCUUUUACACGUCUUAUUUUUAGUAAAAUGUAAUUUUCGGAUAAAAUAUACGCCAUAUUACGUAA